CGCCGCGCCUGCAGCACCGGGGCGCGCGCCAGGGCUCCCGCGGCCGCCGCGCAGGAAUUGCAAAGCCCAGGAAGAGGACGCUUUCUACUGGAACAUGCUGCCCCCUUCUCUCCUUUUUUGACAGACAGCUUUGGGCGUCAGCACAAUUACUUGCGAAUUUCUUUGACUGAGAAAUGCAACCUCAGGUGUCAGUACUGUAUGCCCGAGGAAGGUGUUAAGCUGACUCCUAAAUCAGAGCUACUAACUGCUCAGGAGAUAAUCACCCUAGCCAGGCUGUUUGUGAAAGAAGGUGUAGAGAAGAUCCGCCUGACAGGUGGAGAGCCACUCAUCCGUCCCGAUGUGGUUGAUAUUGUGGGUCAACUGUACAAGCUAGAAGGGCUGAAAACCAUUGCUGUCACAACCAACGGGAUCAACUUAACCAGACUUCUGCCCCGACUGAAGGAGGCAGGACUGAAUGCCAUUAACAUUAGCCUGGAUACUUUGGUCCCAGCUAAAUUUGAGUUCAUUGUCCGAAGGAAAGGCUUUCACAAGGUAAUGGAAGGAAUCCACAAAGCCACUGAACUUGGCUAUCGUCCUGUUAAGGUAAACUGUGUGGUGAUGCGAGGCUUGAAUGAGGAUGAACUGCUGGACUUUGUGGAUUUCACAAAGGACCUGCCCCUUGAUGUGCGGUUCAUAGAAUACAUGCCCUUUGAUGGCAAUAAGUGGAACUUCAAGAAGAUGGUGAGCUACAAAGAAAUGCUUGAUACAAUUAAACAGCGAUGGCCUGAAUUGGAGAGAUUACCCUGUGAAACUUCCAGCACAGCCAAGAGUUAUAAGGUGCCACAUUUCCAGGGACAAAUCAGCUUUAUCACCUCCAUGUCAGAGCACUUCUGUGGAUCCUGCAAUCGGCUGAGGAUAACAGCAGAUGGGAACCUAAAAGUGUGCCUUUUUGGGAAUUCAGAAGUGUCCUUGAGGGAUCACCUACGGUCUGGUGCCUCAGAGGAAGAGUUGGUUCAAAUCAUUGGAGCAGCAGUGGGCAGAAAAAAGAAACAGCAUGCUGGCAUGUUUAACAUUUCCCAGAUGAAAAACCGGCCAAUGAUCCUGAUUGAGCCUGCAGUGACGUCAUUCCCACUAUGCCAAGAUGCCCUACAGAAUCCCUCAAAUUCAAAACAGUGGGGCCACACAUUUAGCCAUUGGCUGACUUUGAGAGCAAGUUUACCCAAACAAAAGGGGAAAGCAUUAAUGAAAAAUAAGCUUACAGGACAACUUUUCCUGCCAAGAUCUCACCCAGAGCAACAGUGGCACAUAACAACAGGAAUUCUACAAACCCAGCUCAGAGGCUACUGUGUCUUCCAGAAGGACCCAAGCUCCACAUGUGAUACAAAGUGCCUUGACACUUCUCCUGUUGGCCAAGUUUCCGUGGACUGUCAGUCCAAAGAGGCAAGUUCAGCAUCGGAAUUCUAUACCAUGGAUUUGGGAUCUUGCACCAAGGUACCUCGUGCCUCUGACAACUUGACUCAUACUGAUGAGGAAGGACGGGCCACAAUGGUUGAUGUUGGAGGGAAGCCAGAUUCCAGAAGAAGUGCUGUUGCUGGUGCUGUGGUCCUGCUGGGUGAGAAGGCAUUUGGGAUGGUGAGGCAAAACCAGGUGAAGAAAGGGGAUGUGCUGGCAGUAGCCCAGAUUGCAGGAAUUCAGGGAGCCAAGCUGACCAGCCAGUUGAUCCCGUUGUGUCACAACAUCCCGCUCUACCAUGUUGAGGUGUCUCUGAGCCUGGAUGAGGCUAGAUAUGCAGUGGUGAUUCGCAGCUCCUGUCAGACCUGGGGGAGGACAGGUGUGGAGAUGGAAGCUCUGACAGCUGCCACCCUGGCUGCCCUGACGGUGUAUGACAUGUGCAAAGCAGUUACUCAUGACAUUGUCAUCAAAGACGUGAAGUUGCUUAGUAAGACAGGUGGGCAGAGGGGAGACUUCUCAAGGGUCUAGGUAAUAUCCAGAUACGUCCAGCCCUCCAAAUGACCACUGCUCAUGUUCAGCCUCUUACAGAACUACUUUUUCUCAGCUGGUAGGCUUGGAGACAUCAGCAGGUGUACAGUACAGCAACCCCAUGACUCCACCAUUGCCUUACUCUGUCAGCUUACUGCUGGGUGACCAGUUAAGCCACUUAUCCCAGUUAAAAACCAUAUGUGUUUUCUAGAGGACAAACUUCUCUACUCUGCAAAUACCUCCAUUUCAGUGUCCUCACAAUGAGCUUGAGAAAAGAUUUGCGGUUAUACCACAGAGGUUUUUGGUUUGGGUUUUGGUGGUUUUUUUUUCCUUUGUGCUGUGAAAUACUGACACCUGCUGUAAUCACACCAUGCAACUGUGAGCUCUGGAAAUGAAGCAAGUGCUGAUAGUGCUGUUAUUUGGCAACUAUUUUUAAGUCAAGGAUUAAGAUUUCAGAAUUGUGCCUGUUCUCCUGACCUCCUUGGUUGAAUUUAGAAGGUGGCAGUGAGAAGAACAUAGCUGAGGAACCUCACCAUACAGCAGAGAUUAUAACCAUGGAACAGUCAGGGUCAGGUGGCAGCUCCCAUCCCUUUGCAUUGCUACUGCUUCCCUUCACAGAAUCAAAAGAUCUCAGAAUGGCUAAGAUUGGAAGGAGCCACAGUGGAUCAUCUGAUCCAACCUCCCUGCUCAGGCAGGGUCAUCCUAGAGCACAUUGCACAGGACUGCAUCCAGAAUGCAGUAUCUUCAGCAAGGAAGCUUCUACAACCUCUCUGGGCAAUCUGUUCCAGUGCAUGGUCACCUGCAUAGUAAAGAAGUUCUUCUUCAUAGUCAGGUGGAACUUCCUGUGCAUCAGUUUCUCUCUGUUGCCACUUAUUCUAUUCAGCAUCACCAAGAACAGCCUGGCUUCAUCUUCUUGGCACUACCCCCUUCCAAUACUUAUAGACAUUGAUGAGAUCCUCUCUGUUGCCUCUUCUGGAGGCUGAACAGACCCAGCCUUUCCUUUUAAGAGAGAUACCUGGAUGUGGGAAAUAUCCAUGUAUGAAUUUCAAAAGAACAAAGAAUAUGGCAGCUGCCAGUUCUCUGCCUUGAACUCUCUGUAAAACAUGAUGCAGAAACAGGAAUUCUAGGUUUGAAAGCAUUAUUUUGCUGAUCUGAAAGACAUGUUUUACAACAUUAGAAGCAUGUUCUGGCAUUUUGUCCUUAGCACUGGAAUACAUUGAUGCCCUGCAUUUGCAUGCUUAAGGGCUUAAUUGUGUUAUGCACAGAAGUAGGUAUCAGCUCUCCCUGACUUUAGAAAGAGAUGUCACACCAAACCCUAGAAGACUCCAAAUUUUUUAAUUCUACGGUGCAGUUCCUAGUAACCAGCAACCUGCAUAGUCCUGACAGAUAAAGCAAAGUUAAUACUAGUAGCCACUUGAAAGAGUAAGGUAAUUGCUUUUGCCUUGGCCGGAGUGUUUUCCUGCAUGUUUCUCUGAUUUGCUUUCAUGAAGUCUUCUGGCCUUGGAGCACUUGAGUGUCCCCAUAAAUACAGCAGUGGCCACUGUCAUGUAACAUUAAACAGUUUUGAUAAUUGACUGUCCUAGAUAAGAAAUUACUCAACAUUCUUGUUAAUACUGAUACAUCCUUUUCAGAUGUUAAUUUAAGUGCUUUAAACAGGGUGUUACUAGUUUACUACUUCUUAUGGGUUAUGUGAAGUUGCAUAUGAUUCGGGGUGCUUCCUCUCCAUAUGCACAGAGUUGAAGAUAGCUCUAAUAAGGUCAAAGACUCUACAAAAAAAGGGCAUCUUAAGCUUUGCAAGUAGCUGCUUCUCAUGAAAUAAGGUUAAAUUACUGUGAGCAUUAUUAAAGCACAUACCACACUGCCACACCCAUCGUGCUCACUUAAAGUAAGCACAGGUCUAAGAUGAGGAGGCAAUAGGUUUUACUACAAAUCCUUUACAAAUCUCAUACACUAGCUACCACAAAAGGCAUUUUUUCCAUUGCAGGUGAAUUAAUUUGAUUCUUCAUUCAUUUUCACUGGGAGAUAAGGCACAUACAGUGGCAGACAUAGCAGCUAUAGCUGAAAGGGAAAGGAGUCUGGAAAACUUGAUGCCAAAAUUCCAUGAACAUUUGUACACCUGCAUUCAGUGUUACAGUCGUGAAUCCCUUGAUAUCACUCUGCUUCUCAGGAGUGUACCUAGCACUGCCAUACUGAGCACCAACAAUUUCUCCCUGAUCCUGCAAAUACAAGAGACUGUGUUUAUCUGUGGAAUUGCUGUGCCGAUAGCACAAAAGUUUCCUUAGCUCAGCAUGGAAACAAAUUGCCAGGAAAAGGAAGCAUGUGUGUAACCUGUUAACUCAUUUACACAAGCACUUACCUGCCCUCACCAUACACAAAGCACCCAAACUUUCACCCAGUCUCUAGAAAAUUUUGAAAGUGAAAAGGAAACUAGAUGUACUCAGUAGUAAUAAACUGAUGCUUUAGGCACAUGAUUCUCUAGCUGCUGCUAAGUUUGCUGUCAUGCUGUAUAGCUCACACAAAGGACUCAGGACCAUACAAGGGACUACUGAAGCACACACAUGACCACCAAGCACAUCUUGCUACUUACGCACAUUUCACUACUUUGUUGGUUUGAGAGUGGCUGGAAGUGUAGGGCAAACUGACUUUGGUGCCAUUUUAUGCUCAUGUUACAUUAUCAAGUCUUUAAACUAUGCACAUUUAUAGGUAAUGAACCAAGCAUAAGUCAACAGAACAUUUUGUGAGAGAAAUGAGUUGAGAGCACUGUAUGUUUCAGUGGUCCUGGGUGGGCCAUGGUGUAAUAUAUGUUGAUGAACUGACUACUUUUCGGAGGCUUGCUUUUUUUUGUCCACUGUAUUUUUAAUAAAUACUAGUUGUAAUGGA